CCCUCUGCGCGCACGUGACCGGCGGGCACGUGACGGGCCCGAGGCGGCGGCGGCCGUGAUGGCGACCUACGUGAGCGAGCUGGAGGCGGCCAAGAAGAGCCUCAGCGAGGCGCUGGGCGAGAACGUGAAGCAGUACUGGGCCAACCUGAAGCUCUGGUUUAAGCAGAAGAUCAGUAAGGAGGAGUUUGACUUAGAAGCGCGCCGGCUUCUCACGCAAGACAAUGUUCACUCGCACAACGAUUUCCUCCUGGCUAUUCUCACCCGAUGCCAGAUCUUGGUUUCUGCCCCAGAAGGUGCUGGAUCUCUGCCAUGGCCAGGUGGCUCUGCAACUAAACCUGGAAAACCCAAAGGGAAGAAAAAGAUUUCUUCGGUUCGCCAAAAGUUUGAUCACCGGUUCCAGCCUCAGAACCCGCUGUCGGGAGCCCAGCAGUUUGUGGCAAAGGAUCCUCAGGAGGAUGAUGACUUGAAGCUGUGCUCUCACACCAUGAUGCUCCCAACACGUGGCCAGCUGGAAGGAAGGAUGAUUGUCACUGCCUAUGAGCAUGGGCUGGACAAUGUCACCGAGGAGGCAGUGACAGCUGUUGUUUAUGCUGUGGAGAACCAUCUGAAGGACAUCCUGACCUCUGUGAUAUCCAGGAGGAAAGCCUAUCGUCUGAGGGAUGGCCAUUUCAAGUAUGCCUUUGGAAGCAAUGUCAACCCUCAGCCGUAUCUGAAGAACAGCGUUGUUGCUUACAACAACUUAAUUGAGUGCCCCCCGGGCAGCGGGACGCCCUCGGCGGCUCCGAGCCUGGCGCCCCCGCCUGCUCCUGAUGAUGCUGAGCAGCAGGCAGCCCUGCUCCUGGCCUGCUCCGGGGACACCCUGCCAGCAUCCCUGCCUCCAGUCAACAUGUACGACCUCUUUGAGGCACUGCAGGUGCACAAAGAAGUGAUCCCUGCACACACAGUCUAUGCUCUAAACAUCGAGAGGAUUGUCAUGAAACUCUGGCACCCAAACCACGAGGAGCUCCAGCAGGACAAGAUCCACCGGCAGCGCCUGGCGACGAAGGAGGGCCUCCUGCUCUGCUAGAGCUGGGCAGCCCUGCCAGCCUCAGCCUUCUCCUGGGACUUGUCAUUUGUCUGCUCUGUACAAACCUGUGUCAGCAUCUCCAGGAUGAUGUGAUUUAUGAGGCAGCUUUUCCUAUGGAAAUGGGACUGAGCCGUGGGACACUUGCUCUGCUUCCCCAGAGUCAUGUGCCAUGGAGUACUUGCACCAAUGCCACUGAACUGGAAAAUACAAACAAGACACAUUUGCAAGGACUGUUUCUAGGGAAAAUAAAUGUGAGGGUCGAAAGAGUUGGUUUCACAUAAGGUGUGGAUUUUGUGUUCUUUUGUGGGCAUGGAGAAUCUGCCUCCUUGCCCUCCCCUCUCAGGUAGUUUCCCUUCUGAGUUCAGACUCCAGAGGCCUGUCCAGUGUCUGUUGCAGCCUGUGGGAUCUGUUUAAUUAACUGGUUAUGGGGUGGGCUCUUGUGAAGAUGAGCAAUUCUCUAAGAUGACACUCUUCCUCUUCUACCAGGGGAACUUCUGAUUAGAACCUGUGACAAAACAAAGCAAAAAGGGAAUUGUCUUGAUAUUGGAGACUCCUUGGAUUUGCAACAUGAACAAAUGUCUCCUAUCACUCUGUUGUAAAAAUAUGCAGCCUUGUAUUACUUCAUUAUAAAAUUAUGCAGCCACACCUUUCCACAUGGGAGAUGUGCAGGUCACUGUGUAAAAGGAGAAAUUCCACCUGGGUUUCAGGUGCUCUACUGUAUUCCUGAGUCAGCUGUGGGAACAAGCUUAUUAUGACAAGAAAAUUCCAUUAAAGUGUCUUAAUUACUAUAUGACUUGGGCUUGACCUCAAACAUGGAGGUACCUGCUGAAGUAUGACUCACUUACUGUGCCUCCAGAUUAAUGGAAUUGAAACAGCUUCUUCUGGGGGAAUAUGAAAGGGGAAGCUCAUGGUUCCACUUUAUUCUGGUUUUCCUGUUUGAUGGGAGUCCAAUUUUUGUGUCAUAUUUCUUGUGGCGUUUUCUUCUCUGCUGUACCCUCAGGACUGAGGAGGGUGAAGAUCCCUGAUGUUUCUCCCCAGUUACUGUUUUUAUAACUUCCUUUCCUGACCCCUGGAACCGUUCAUGUUGCACCACUUUGUAGCAAGGGGCUGUGCAGCUGUGUGUUCCUGACUUUCCUGCAUCCCCUUUGGAUGUGCAAUGGCAUAUGACCCGUGCCUCUUGCUGCAGGCCUGGAAUUCAUUAUAGUUGUGCCAGGACAUGGAAAGACAGAAGGGAGGGGAUGAGACAUUGCCUGCCAUGUCCUCAAGAGUGAGAAUUGCAUCUUAUGCUCUUAACCCCGUAGGAACUGUGCAGUGUACUGAAAGUUGCCACUUUUGGAGUUUCUAUUUGCUUCUGCAUCCACUUCUAGAGCUGUAGUGAAAAACCACUGGCCACCUCAUGAACAGGCGGGAAAAGUGCUCAAGACCUUCACCAGGCUUGCUUCAUGGCCUGGGUUGGGGUGAAGUUGUUCAUCUCAUCCCAGAAAUUAUCAGUGUGAUCUGCAUCCCUGGAAGUGUAGGAAUCAGAAAAAUUCUGUUACUUUUCAGACAGUUUCAGCUGCCAGACCUGGCUUCAGUCUCACCAAACCUUUCCACUUGUGUGCCAAGCAGGAUGCCAGGGAUAUGAAUGUAACCCUCCUCAACACCCCCAAACAGCCAAACCCCUGCUCCCCAAGCUUGGGCCUUGCCUUGCUGGAGCUAUGUUGGUUAUACUUAAACACUGUUUCCAUUUGAAUUUCUGAAACCAGUUUCCCAGCGAUGGGCUGGGUUGUUAAUUAGGGCUCCCACAAUCAGAUAUCUCCUGUGCAACGGCAGCCACUUCUGAAAUGCCACUGUGGUAAGAGCAACAAGCUGGAGCUGGGGCCGCUUUUGUCUCACAGGAAGGGCUGCUGGUCUUUCCAUGGAGCACCCUGCAACCUCUCUGAAUCCUUUCAAGGCUCUUCAACCCUAUUUUGGAGGGUGUCAGCAGCGCUCCUGCCCAAGUCCUGGCAGGCCUGCGUGUUCUUCCAUGCUCUCUCCAGGUGCACAGCUGGCCAGCUCUGCAUUUCAGGAGGGGAUUUGGCCCUGGCUGAGCAGUCUUCCCUGUAUUUCUGUUUAUAUCUCACACACGUGCUCCAGAUGGAUUUGGCAGAGGAGCAGCAGGUGCUUGUCUGUGCAGUGUAGUCUUUCUGUGAAAUGUAGGCUUGAUUUUCAGAUGUUUAUAGUUUGUUGGUGUAUUGUCGAUGGGAGCAACCACUCGAUUUUUCCCUAGAUCAACAUAAAUAUUUCAGACUUCUUUAUUCCACUGAAACUUUACUUUCUCACUUAAAGUGCUGUUUUCCCACCACAAAGAAAGCAAAAGGCAGCUCAGUCUGCUUUAUUUUCGCCUCUAGCCUCUCCAAAAUACUCACCAGAAGUUUGUUCCAAGUUGUCAAAUGUAGGGUUUAGCUCUAUAAUAAAUAGAGUAUUGAAUAACUCCAUAAUAAAUGGCUUCAGAAUAAUUCUCAUCCACUCUGCAUUCCUUAAAGACAGGAAAAGGGGGAGUGAGAGCCUGGCUCUGCUCCUGUGCCCUGGGAGUGCCUGGUGCAGGUGCAGCCUUGCUGUUUUUCUGAUGUCUCACUGAAGGAUUGGUGCUACAGGGUCAUUCUCCUUUCUCAUGCGUUGGAGAUUCAUCUCUGAAUUCCUCCUGCUCUGCAGAGUGUCUCAGCUGGGCUCCAUGGUUUGCCCUGGAACCUGUGAGCAGGGCGUGUGUGAGAGCUGGGCUGGGCUGGACCUUCCCUGGAGGCAGUGGAUGUCACAGUCUGUGGUUCCCUUAUUCACGCACUACAUCCCCCAGCAGUGGAGGGAGGGCAGACAGAGAGGGGUCAGAGCAGAGCUUUGUCCUGGUGUCCCUUCUGGAGCUGUCACAGGCGUUGCACGGAGCCCUGGGGAACCAUCCUGGGGAACAGCAGCGACUGCAUCUCACAACCUGUUGUGUUGGUAGUGCUAAAAAAUGAGGGUAAGAAGCCCUUGGAGCAAAACCCCAAGUAUUUACUGCCUCAAACCAGCUUGUACACACUGGUACAGCAAGUCCUAAAUCCUAUUAGGAGAGAGCCAAACCAUCUACCCUUGCCCCUGGGACAGCAGGGCCCUGAGCAGCACAUCCCAGCAUCAGGAGGCUGCUUCUUUUUUUUUUUUUUUUCCAUUAGGAAUGUUGGAAAAGCUAACAUGAGAAGCAGACAGGAAGGAAGGAUAGAACUCAGUCUCCAAACCCCAGGAAGCGUUGAGGGUGGCCUUUGCUCAGCCAGCUGUGUGCAGGGAGCAGCGCAGGGCUAUGCAGCAGCUCCUGUGCUUUUCUGACCCUCUCACCUGCCCCGCAAAGGAUGUAAGGAUGGCUGGGAAGCCCAUCACCAUUGCCAAAACAGUUCUCUUGAAAUUUUCUGGAGCUUCCCAGCAAAACACAGCAGGCAAGGCUUGAUUUAGGGUGUUCUCUCAGAGGAGACCCCUCGAGCCACAGGUGCAGCCUCUGCCAGAGGGACACGGCAGUGCCUGUCAGGGCAGCUGCUCCUCUGACCUCGUGGUUCUGUGGGCUCCAGCUCCCCUCCCCCUGCUUGGACACUGAUGGGGCUUUGUGUCAUUUGAGUCUUCAGGAUGCCCAUGAAUGGAAAAAAACGAGAGGCAAAGACAGAACCCAGCAGCACACACAGACACAUUGGAAAACCACCUGAGCACAGCCCAGCGUGGCUGGUCAGCAGCUGUGGGUGCCAGCAGGUGCCACUCUGAACUCAGGUGUUCUGGUUUGAAGGCUCAGCCUGGCUGUUCCCUGCUGCAUGGGGGUGUUACAGCUCAUCCCAGUCUCCCAUUUCCAGCUUCCAAGGACUUGGUGUGCAAGUAGUGGAUGAAUUUGCAGCUUUGGCAUUGUAGAGAGCAAAUCCACGCUCUGGAUCUGUGUAAAGUGGCCUCCUCCACACCAGUGCAUGAGGGAGGAGCUGACCCUGCAUAUGCUGAUCUCAUUAAAACCUGACUUACACAUCCACAGCCAAAAAACAAAGGAUUAAAGCAAACAAAGUGUGAAGAGCAGCCAGAGCUCUUUGGAAAGCACACUUUGAAAUACUGAUAUCAAGUCCCUCAAGACUUGAAACAACUUUGCUAUUUUUUUUUUUUAGUCAUUAAUCAGUGGCUAUAGCCAGACAGUUAUGAUUAAACAAUUGUACUGUGAACCUUUUAGGCUUGGCUAAUCUUUUGUUUUUAGGAAAAGACAAUCCCCAGAUGAAUGAGCUGUCUGGAUGAGAGACACCAGGAGCGAGCUCAACAGGUGUGAGCAGUAACUUGGUGAAAGAUAAUUCUCACCACCACCCCCUGCCCUAUCUUGAAGAAAUGAAAUGAAAGUGUGAGCAGAGGAAGGAGCAGCCUCCCCAGUGCCCUCCCAACCUGUGGCCCCCACCCAAACCCUCACUGGCUCCUGGGAAGGCGGUGAUGGGCAAGUGGGACCAUGUCCCCGGCGUGCCACACUGCUGCUGGCUCAGCUGGCCACGGUGGGGACAGGGGGAGCAGGGCUGUGCCUGCAGCCAGCCAGGCUGCCUGGAUGGCAGUGAUCAGCUCACCAGAGGCUGGGCAUGCCUGUGCUCCCCCAGCCCGGGCCAGAUCCUCACUGUAACAUCAACGCAGCUGAAGAAGGUGCACAGUGCAAAUGAGCUGUGCCUCAGAGCUGGUGCUAACCACAGCUGUGCUCUGCCUGGGCUCAAGGAAUGAUCUGAUGGGUCCCCUUCUGAAGCUUCUCAAAGGUGCUGGAGGUCCACUAGGGCAGAAGUGUCAGGCCAGGUGUGGAGCCAGCAUUGUGGAAGCACAACCUGCAUGUCCUGAGGUGCUGAUGGAGCCUGGGAGAGGAGCAGGCAGAGCACAGCUCCCAUGGGUGCCUUUAUUGGCAUCUUGGUGAACACACACAUCUGCUUCCCCGAACACUUCGUGGCUCUUGGUUUUGCUACUACUAAAAGGGAAUAUGUGACAAAUAAAUGGGUGGGCCUGACUGCCUAAACACCAGAUUGUCCAGGCCAUGGAGGAGCAUCUUGGCACUCCCAGCAACCCUUCACUCACUGUCUGGUCUCAUUCCUAUUAUUGUAUUUUAAUAUAUCUGAUAUUAAACUUGAA